UCCAUUCGCUCCUCAUCGCCGCAUCUCUCUCUCUCUCAAACUCCAUCUUUUUCGCAUGCUGUAGACCCCUCCUCCUCCUCCUCCUCCUUCGUUCUCCUUGAUAAUUUUGGAGCUCGAGUGCUCUCGUCGCCAUGACGGUAAUCGUACCGGAGCCGCUGCUCGAGGAGAGGAACGUUCACGGCGAAAACGUGGAGGAGGAGCGAUCGAUCGGUGGUGGAUCGCUCGAUCUCGAUGGGGGUUUCGUCGUCCCCGAUAGCAAUGCGUUCGGGCACUCAUUCAGGGACUAUAAUAAGGAAAGCGAAAGAAGAGCUGGGGUGGAGGAAUUUUAUCGAAUCAAUCACAUUAACCAAACUUAUGCUUUUGCUAAAGAGAAGAAGGAAGAGCAUGGGAAGCUGCAGAAGGGCGCGAUGAGCAUAUGGGAGUGCGUUGAGCUUCUCAAUGAGUUUGUUGACGAGAGUGAUCCGGAUUUGGAUGAGCCCCAAAUUGAGCAUCUUCUUCAAUCGGCUGAGGCCAUCCGCCGCGACUACCCUGGCCAAGAAUGGCUCCACCUCACUGCUCUUAUCCAUGACCUUGGGAAAGUGUUACUGCACCCUUCUUUUGGUGGUGAGCCGCAGUGGUGCGUCGUUGGUGAUACGUUUCCUUUGGGCUGUGCCUUUGACCAAUCCAUCGUGCACGAUCAGUAUUUUAAGGGCAACCCAGAUUACAACGAUCCCGUCUACGGUACAAGGUUGGGGAUUUAUACUGAGAACUGUGGCCUCGACAAGGUGACCAUGUCGUGGGGCCACGACGAGUACAUGUACCUGGUGAUGAAGGAGAAUGGCACAACGCUACCACCUGUAGCGUCCUUUAUCGUGCGGUUCCAUUCCUUCUACGCCUUGCACCAUUCCGGAGCUUACACCUAUCUCAUGAAUGAUGAGGACAAGGAGAUGCUCAAGUGGCUUAGGAUCUUCAACAAAUAUGACCUCUAUAGCAAGAGCAAAGUGAGGAUCAAUGUGGAGGAGGUGAAGCCUUAUUACCAAUCCCUCAUUGACAAGUAUUUCCCUCCUAAACUGAGAUGGUGAAUGCAGUGCCGCCAUUAAUCGAAGUUGCUCUCUUCCCUUAUACUAAGAUGGCUCGAAAUAAAGCUAGCUACGGGUCUUCGUCUGCGGCUACCGCGGCAUGUCUAUUUAUGCUGUUCUCUUCUUUGUUGCAGUUCUAUGUCGGCCUUUACUAAUACUACCUGGCUAUGUUCUGGUGCCUUUGAUGCUAAUUACUGUUUCUUAUUAUCGAGGCAAUAAGAGCUGUUUCUUUAGUAUAUAUUCACGCACAUUUUGGUUUCGGAAA